AAAUUUGGAAUUUCCGAUCAACAAUGGCCGGAGCAAAACCCUCCGCCACCACCAUCUCCGAUCACCCCUCUUCCUUCCUCUCCCAAAACCCCAAUUUCUUUCAACUCACUACAGACGUUUUCAUCAUGGAGAGAGGUCCCAGAUACAAAGCUUACGCCGAUCUCCGGGAAUCAAAACUCCGGCUGAAAUCCAUGGCUAAUCCACCGCCGUUACCACCUAAAGACCACCGUUCUGCUAAUAACUCAACCCCACCGGAUUUUCAACCCAAACUUCCGGCUCACCGGAGAAAAGGGUCGUCUGUUUUGACUCAAUCCGUCCCUGACUUCUCGUCUGCGUUGAGAAAAGAAAACAGGAGGCCAGCAUUGCCACCGGUGGCGGAGAAGUCUGCAACACCGCCGGCAAAGAGUUCUUCAAGAUUGUAUGAGAUCAAUGCGAGAUUGAUGGGGAGUAAGUCUUCAGUUUCAGGCGAGAAGAAGGGUGGUGGGAUGUUAACGGCGAGGAAAAGCUACGCAAACAUGGAUGAACUGAAGAAAUUCUCUUUGGCAGCUGCAAACGCCAUUAAUGGUGAAAACGGAGGAGGGAGGAUCACCAGAAAUAGAGGAGGAGGAGGAAGAACUACAGUUCUGGGAUGCAGACAGUAUUAUUGAAAUCAAUUUUCAGUUUUCAAAAUAUUUUUAAUUAUUUGUAUUUAAAUUUAAAUUUUAAACUGAGGUUUUGAUUUUUUGAGUUUAAUUUCAUUUUUUUAUUAUUUUGGUUGGAUUUGUAAUAUUUUAUGGAAUUU